GGGGGGGGGGGAUGUGGAGUCUGAAGAUCACGAAGCUCUGCUCUAGAUCAACAUCUACAUAUAAGUAGCCCGCGCCCGAAAGCUUGAGGUUAAGAAGGAAGUCGAAGUUAACGGGGAUAGAUAUAUCCCAGCGGUCUUUUUGUCGCGAGCUCGUCCAUCCCUUCCCUUCCCUUCCCAUCCCUUCCAAUUUUCCUCUCAUCACCCAUUCACCCAUUCACCAAUUCACUAUUCAUUCUUAGCUACAAGCCAAUCAGCCAGUCAUGCGUUUCUGGAAUAUCCUCGCCAUUGCUACCUGCGUGGUGGCCGCCACAAUCCCGCCUCGUCAGAGCACAAACUCCACCGUGGGGAAUGCGGGCAUCACCAGUGACUUCGACCGCGCUGCUGCCAUCAAGGAGGCGUUCGUCCACUCGUGGGAGGGGUAUAAGAAAUAUGCGUGGGGGUAUGAUGAGCUGCUGUCGGUUAGCAACCGUGGAGGGAAUUCAAGAAAUGGCUGGGGCGCCUCCAUUGCUGAUGCCCUGAGCACGGCGUGUCUCAUGGAGCUCAGCGAGGUCGUCGUCGAGGCGAUUGGGUUCCUUGCCGAGGUGGACUUCAACACUACCGCUACGGAAGUGAGCUUGUUUGAAACUACCAUCCGGUAUCUAGGCGGCCUGUUGUCCGGGUACGAUCUCUUGAAGGGACCGUAUGCCCAUCUCGUGCCAGAGGACAAAGCCUACCUCGUGGACCGGCUGCUCACGCAAGCCGUGUCGCUAGCAGACCGCAUGUCCUUCGCCUUCGACACGCCUACGGGGAUCCCGUACAACAACCUCGACUUCGCGACCAACAGUUCGCGGGACAGCAGCAACGGCCUUGCCACGACCGGCACUUUAGUGCUAGAAUGGACACGCCUGUCCGACCUCACCGGCAACCCCAAAUACGCGCGCCUUUCGCAGCGGGCGCAAGACUACCUCCUGAACCCACUGCCAGACGCGGGACAGCCGUUCGCCGGCAUGCUGGGAACGAACAUCGACAUCGCGUCUGGGCGGUUCCUCGACUCGUCGGGCGGCUGGUCCGGCGGCACCGACAGCUUCUACGAGUACCUUUUGAAGAUGUGGAUCUACAGCCCCUCUCGCUUCGGCUCGUACGCCUCGCGGUGGCUGCUCGCCGCCGACAGCACCGUGGAGCACCUGCUGCAGCGCCCACGGCGCGACACCACCUUCGUCGCCGAGUACCGCGACGCCGCCACCCUCGUGCCCGAGGAGGGGCAUCUCACGUGUUUCAUCGGUGGCAACCUGGCGCUGGGCGGCGCGCUGCUGUCGAGUGCGAAGAUCCGGGACGCGGGACUGGAGCUGACGCGCGGGUGCCGCGCCACCUAUGCCUCCACCGCCUCGGGAAUCGGGCCGGAGCGCUGGGCGUGGAGCAGCCCCGCCCCGGUGGAGCACCAGGCGUUUUUUGCCGCUAAUGGAUGGUACCCCACGGGUACGGCGUACCAUCUGCGACCCGAGGUCGUCGAGAGCUAUUACCACGCCCUGCUCCUUACCGGCGAUCAGAAGUAUAAGCGCUGGGCGUGGGAUGCGUUCGUCGCUAUCAAUGAUGCGUGCAGGACUGACAGCGGGUACUCUAGCGUUGAGGACGUCAUGCUCCCAUUGGGCGGCGAGAAGACGGAUUUCCAGGAGAGCUUUUGGUUCGCUGAGGUGCUGAAGUACCUCUACCUCGUGUUUGACGACAGCGAGGUCAGUGUGCAGGGCGGUAGUGGGUGGGUGUUCAAUACCGAGGCGCAUCCUCUCAGGGUUACUGAGUAGAUGGGAAUACGGAGGGAUGGAUGGCGGCGGUGUAUGUGUACGUAUCUGUAGGUGUAUGUGUCAUUGUGUCAUUUGUACCCGAUAGAGCAACGGUUGGGUGUAAGAGUAGCUAGAAAUGUAAUGUUUAUUUUGGAAAUGUAACG